AAUCAUGAGAAGCAUUAAAUUGUUAAUCAAAGCAUUUAUGUUAUUAAUAUAAUUUGUUAACUGUUCUAUUCGAUUAAUAAACUGCGUAGUGGGGCAAAUACAGUGUGAAUUUGAUUAAGAUGGUAACUUUAUCUGGAAUAUUUAUUUAGCCAUGUGAUUAGCUGAUCAUCUUAAUCCAAUUUGUGUCAAUUAAAACAGAUCAUAUUCCAACCAAUGGACUCUGCUCAUUUCAAAUUGUGGGUUGUGGGUCUUAUCGCAGUGCUCAUAGUACCAAUUAUUAUCUGUAAUCCGACUGAUCCUCGUGGAGUUGAUGAUGAUAUUCGUAGUGCAUUAGGUUUACAGAACAAGGAGACAAUGAAUGGUCGAUUUGAGAGUAAUAAAAUUCAAAAAAAGCCUCAAAAACAUGCCAUACAAUUAGUGAUCAACAAAAAUCAUGCUAAUAAUCAAUUCAAAAGAGAUACGACCGAUUCUAAAAAAGCUUUGCCUCCAGGUGAAGCAAUUGAUGGCAAAAAAUCAAACAGUUCAUCUGAAUAUUCCGACCAAUCAAAUGUACCCAAUCUGGGACCAGGGAAAAGUACCACACCAUCACCAGUAAAUAAUACAGUUAAUGGACUGGAAAAUAAUACGAAAUCGAUAAUCAACUUUGAUAAAUUCUUAGAAGAGAUAUCAAAUGUUAUUAUUAUACUUGAGCCAAAGAUGGAGAAAAGUAACAAAAGCAUAUCACUGGUUGGCAAAGUCAUGCUAAAAUCUGAUAAUCAAACAAUUCCGCUUGAUUCCAUUGAAUUUGAGCAAAAUUCACUAGAAGAUAUGUUUCGAAAUCUAAAGGAAAAAUUGCAAGAACAAAGGAAUGACAAUUCGAGUCAAACCAAUUGGACUUCAACAAACAAUAAAUCGGAAAACAAUAUUGAAAAUCAGAUUAACGCCCAACCAAGUAAAAUAAGUCCAACGAAUUGUACUUGUGUUUGUCCAAAAUCAAAUUUUGAUGAAAACUUGACUCCUAAAUCGAUUCCAACGCAGGUCAUUACACCAACACCACCACCACCACCACCACCAUCAGCACCACAAAUAAUGUCUUCUACAACAUCUAUCGUUGCUAAUGUUACUCAAUCUCCAAGCCCAAUUAUAACCUCACCACCAACAACUACGAUCCAACCAAUUUCAACGACUACAAAUUCACCACCAAAUAUUACUACUACCACUACACCGGUAGUACCAUCGAGAACAUUGGAUCCUGAAGAACUAAAUGAAAUUAUCGAAAAGCUCAUCUCUGAUUUAUUGCUUAGCAAACCAAAACCUAUCCCACAAACACCAUGGAAUCCUGAUGGUGCUAAGCCACAAUAUCGGGGCUCAAACAAUCCUUAUUUGGAAAAUGAAAUUGAAACUAGAGACAACCAGAAUAAUCAAAUGAACUCACAAAUUGUCAAAUUGAUUAAUUCACCAGAAGUCAGAGGAAUUAAUGAAUUAUCCCAGCCUGAUCAAUUUGUCCAUCGUCGAGAUCAAAAUGUACCUUCAAAUGUUCAAAAAAAUCACUUUUCUCAGCCAUAUGAUCCACGACAGAAAAAUUCAGAUUACAAUCGAUAUAAUGUCGAAAGUAAAGCCGUAAAUAGAAAUGUACCAAACGGGUACGAUCAAUAUGUGCCUUUUGCUGUCGAAGAGAUUGUCCAUCGUCGCUUGACGCCUCAGGCCAAAAGAGAUUUCACUACAAGAGUGGUUAGUCAGGUCAUGGGUAAUGCGAUGAAACCUCAAGAACUAUUCAAGGAAACGUACAUGAGAUAUCCACCUCAACCGAAACCAUCACAAUUUCGAAGAAAACUAUUGUAAUUUUGUCGAAACUGUUAAUAUAAUUAAAGGACCCAAUUUAAUCUUGUUAAGUAACUAUUAA